AUGAGAAAUGUCUUAAAGUUAACGAAUAAAUUUAAUAAAGAUAUUUAUAAGACGUAUAAAUGUGGUUUUGAGUGGUUAUUGCACGAAAACGAAUUUGAGAAUAUAAUCAAAUUAUACAAUUUUAAUGAACAUAUUAAUAACAAAGGUAACAUUAGCAACAUAUCUGAAGACCAAUAUGCUGAUUUUUGCGAAUACAAACCGAAAAAAGUCACAAAAUCAAUUGUAUACCACAGAAUCAAAGGGCUUAUGAUGGAAGAUCUAAAUAUUCAGGACCUACUGUUGUUGGUCGUAAAUCUCAGAGUACAUUUCAUCAGAAUAAACUUGGACAUUUGCUUUCAGAUAACAGUAAAAUUAACACAAAAGUAA